AAGUUACAUGCGCGUAACGGUUUGCUGCGUACAGAAGUAAAUAUUUUAUUUGUGAUUUGAUGUAACUUAUCAAAGAAAUCUGCAAGAACGUGACAAUGCCGUUUUCAUUUAAAAAGAAAAAUAAGCGACGUGAAAUCCCUAAAGAUAUUAUUUUGCGCGCAUUGGAAGAAGUUUCCAAAGGUGCUAAAAUUAAAAGUACUGCGAAUAAAUAUGACAUACCAAGAUCUAACCUUCAAAGGUAUAUCAAGCAGGGUGGUGUCGUAAAAGAUAAUUCUUGUAAAUUUAUAUCGUCUCAAAUAUUCACAAAAGAUGAAGAAGAGAAAAUUUCGGAAUAUCUUGUAACAUCUUUUAAACUAAACCAUGGACUAUCAAAACUGAAAACACGCGAAUUGGUUUAUGAAUACGCCACUGCCAUUAAAAAGAAAAUACCAGAUAACUGGACAGAGAAGAAACUUGCAUCCAAAGACUGGAUAAGGGGAUUUUUUAAAAGACAGCCUCAACUUUCGAUAAGGACACCAGAGGCUACCAGUCUGUCACGGGCCACAAGCUUCAAUAAGACAAAUGUCGGAAAUUUUUUUGAAAAUCUUAAAACUGUGUAUGAACGGCAUCGCUUCGGCCCUGAGUCUAUUUACAAUAUAGACGAAACUGGAUUAUCAACGGUGCAACGAACCCAGAAAGUGAUUGCUCUCAGAGGCACUAAGCAAGUUGGGCAAGUAACGUCAGCUGAAAGAGGGACGCUUGUAACGGUUUGCUGCGGUAUUAAUGCAUUGGGUAACUCAAUACCACCAUUUUUCAUAUUCCCACGGGUUAAUUUCAAAACAUAUAUGCUAAAUGAUGCCCUUGUUGGUUCAGAUGGAGCAGCACAUCCUUCAGGGUGGAUGACAUCACCAAAUUUUUUAAAAUAUAUUCACCAUUUCGCCAAACACGCAAAACCAACGCCUUCAUCGCCAGUUCUUUUGCUGCUGGACAAUCAUGAGAGCCAUAUUUCAGUACCAGUUCUCGAUUUUUGCAAACAAUCAGGCAUUGUUUUAAUGACUUUCCCACCACACUGCAGCCAUAAACUGCAACCUCUAGACCUGACUGUCUAUGGACCACUGAAAACUUAUUAUAACACUGCUGUAACAGAUUGGAUGGUAAGCAAUCCGGCCAAAACAGUAACAAUUUAUGAAAUACCAAAAUUAGCAGCAAAAGCCAUUCCACUAGCAUUCAAGUUGCAGAAUAUUCAAAGUGGAUUUGAAAAAUCUGGCAUAUGGCCAUUGAAUUCAAAUAUUUUCUCCGAUGAAGAUUUCGCUUGUUCUUUUAUAACUGAUCGCUGCUUGUCGGAAGAGGGUAAUGUUCCUUCAGAACAAUCUAUUUCAGACCAACCUGUCACUGAACAGCCUUCAACAGGGGAAAAUCAGAGUCUAGAGGAUCGUACAAGUUCAAAUGUGGAAGUCAUUGGGCCAUCUCAACUGGAAUCUCCCUCUACAAGUCAAAUUAGUGGCACUGUCAAUGUAACACCUGAUGUAGUAAGACCGUAUCCGAAGGCCGGCCCCAGGAAAUUGCAGGGUAUGAAACGGAAGAAGGGAAAAACUAGAAUAUUGACGGACACACCCGAGAAAAGACUUAUAGAAAUGGAAGAAGAAGAAAGACAAAGAAAAAAUAAGAUCAAAGAGCUCAACAAAAAUAGAAAAUGCUUCAAAAAUACAGGACAGAAAAAAAUUCCGAAACUUGCUGAUGAAUUUACUUCCAAACUAGAGAAAAACAGGAAAAUUAGCAGCGAUGAUGAAAUAGAAAAUGUUUCAGUUUCUGACGAAACCGUUGUUGAAUCGGAAGAUUUUGAUGAAGACGAUGUGAUCGUUCUGGAUAGAAAUUUCCAGAUCAAUAACUUUGUAUUAGUGAAAUUUGACACCAAAAAAACUGUCUACCAUUAUGUUGGAAUAAUCGAAGAUGUUAAUCAGACGAUGGCAACUGUAAAAUUUAUGAGAGUGAGUAAGUUAAGAAAUACUUUUAUAUUUCCUGACAUCGAGGACGUAGCCAGUGUCCUCCUGGAGGAUAUAAAGACAAAAUUGCCUACACCAACGACAUGGAUGAAACGUGGCAGCUUAAAAUAUAAAUUUGACAAGCCUCUAUGGAUCAUACCAAAUAUAAGAUAAGUUUAAUUAAGUCUAACAUCGUGCAGUACUGAUUCUAAGUCACAUUGUUAAAUUUUUCUAAAAUCUAUGAUAAGAAAAAAUGUUUGUAUUACAAUUUUUUAUAGUAAUGUUAUAUAAUACUUAAGCCUAGUAGUAUAGUAAAGCAAUUUCGUGCAUAUUAAAUACAGUGCCCAAACCUCCCUACAUGGGUGCCCAAACCUCCCGACCGCCGGGAGGUUUGGGCACUUUGGACAUGUGUUCGAAGAUCUCUUGUAACUUUGAAACUAAUUACAAUAUUGAAACUUUUCUUAAUAAUAAUUACUACCAAAUAUGUGUGCUCCCUAUAUUAGGAAUAAAAUUUUGAUUAUGAUAAAAAAUAACAGUUUUAUUAACAUUUAUGUAAAAAAGUGCCCAAUGCUCCCCUACCUCCCCU